AUGGUGUACUAUAUAUUCGCAGAUGCAUACCCGGUGCGACACUUGUUAUAUCGCUGGAAAAACUCUCCUGGCAUCAAGGUUCUGGAUGGCGAGAUGUCUCAGUUUUACAUGACCAGGAUCACAACAUCCCUCAGAAACGAAAUCUACGUUGCAGCGUCGAGUUGGCUUCUAUCUGAUUCAGAUCUACAUCCCUUGCAUGGCCAUCGUGUUCGCGGCGUGGAUGUCACUCUGGGUGGACCGCAAGGCUAUGCCAGCACGCUAAGCCUAUGUAUUGCAACACUUCUCACUAUAGCGACUAUCUGGGGCAACGUGAACUCAAGUAUGCCCCGCGUCUCCUACGUCAAGUCGAUGGAUAUCUACCUGAUGACGUCAUUCACCUUCGUGCUUGGGACGCUACUUGAGUAUAUAGUGAUCAUGAACAAGGGCCACCCAAAGAGUAAGAAACUCCGCAAGCCUGUCCAUCAAAACGACUCUAUCCCGCCAUACAGAUUUUCCUUUAGGUGCUGGCCCUUGCGCCAUGACAGCCAUGCGUCAAACACCAACCAUAAGAAUAGUAGCACCCCCACCAAACCAACCGCGGACAAGGACUCGCAACCUCUCAAAGUGGAGGUUUAUGCUAGGAUUGGGUUCUUGUCUGCAUUUGUGCUCUUCAAUGGAGUUUAUUGGGCGGUUUUACGGAUAUAA